AUGAUUCGAAAAUUACUGGCGGCUAGCAAGAUGGAAGACUAUGCUCUGAUCCCACAAGCCGGCCGGGUGCUUGAAGACGAGCAACUCAUCCAAGACACCCUUCACCAAGUGUUCAAGAACGCAACCCCUCCAGAUGUCGCGCGCUACCUGCAACGCAUGACCGAGCUGAAAGACGGGACACCAGAGUGCGACGUCCAAAGAUACUGCGAAAUCAUCCUCAGCGCCAACGUCGAAGUGCCAAAAAGCUUCGGCACCCAUGAUCUAGAAGCAGUGAAGACCUUACUAACCUCAUCCCUACCACUACCAGAGACCGCAAUUCAAAAGUACUGCAAGAAACUUCUACAGGCGAAAGAUCUGGGGCACUCAUACGACUACGACGACAGCGCUGGAUCUUUCAUUAUCGUGGAACAGAAGCUAGGCGCUGAGUACCUGCUUGUGCUUCUGCCGCUACUAGCGCGGACCUUCGCAAGCAACAUACCGUGGUUGAUCACGCUCCUGACUCGAGUCAAAAGCUCGAAACCCUGGACUUCCGAUACGUUCCUACCGAAGUUUACUGACGCGGUUAUCGGACCUGCGAUCGACGGUUUCUAUCUCAAUAACCGCAAAUUCAAUCAAACAAUCCGCGAGAUUAAUCAUGGCAAUGCGGGCGCCACGGAAGAUGAGCUGGAACGUUUUCUUCAACUCCUGAAUGAUAUGGGCUUGGAUGAGAUGGUGGACAAGUUGACAGACAAGAUGGCGCGGUCCGACCAGCUCAAGGUUGAUGAAUUUCAAGAUGCGCUUGCGAAGAAGACGACGGCGUACUUGGCGAGGAAGCGUAAGGCGAUGGAGUUAGCGGACAGUCGGCAGGAGAAAAAGAGCAAAGCAGUGCGCUGA